GUAUUCAUAAACAACUCGUGGGUUGACUCCGUGAGUGGGAAGACAUUUGAGACGAUAAACCCGGCGACCGGACAAGUGAUCGCAAAAGUACAGGAGGGGGACAAACAGGACAUCGAUAAGGCUGUCCAAGCGGCCAGAAAUGCAUUCAAAAGGGUUGGACUCCAUUUCCAUGUGAUAUUCAUUAAUCAUAUCUGA